AAAAGUUGCAUCUGAUGCCGGAGAGCUCAUCUACAGACCUGCACAGGACAACUUAGAGCUGCCAAAAUGGUUGAAUGGACAGACUUCGAGCGCGCCACCAUCCAGGACAUCUUCUCUAAGUUGGAGUAUGAGGUGGUGGGCCCUCAAGCUCUUGCCAGGUGUCUGGUCGUCUACCCCUGGACUCAGAGGUAUUUCGGAAACUUUGGAAACCUCUACAACGCCGCUGCGAUCAUGGGAAAUCCCAUGGUUGCAAAACACGGAACAACGAUCCUGCACGGUCUGGACCGGGCUGUGAAGAACAUGGACGACAUCAAGAACACCUACGCCGAGCUGAGCGUGCUGCACUCCGAGAAGCUGCACGUGGACCCCGACAAUUUCAAGCUCCUGGCUGACUGCCUGACCAUUGUGGUUGCUGCUCAGAUGGGGAAAGCCUUCACUGGUGAGAUGCAGGCAGCUUUCCAGAAGUUCCUGGCCGUGGUGGUGACCUCCCUGGGAAGACAGUACCAUUAGAUCUGCAACACAAGACCUUCACAUGCUGAGCAUUUGUUUAAAAAGUCUUUAUUUUUGUCUCAAAUGCAAAUAAAACAAUAAGCAAACAAAAAA